UACUUUGAAAGUCCAGAGCGGAUGUGGGUCUGUUGUUUACCAGGUCUUCCUCCAGGUCACCGGCGGUGAGUGGAACACUGAGGCCGAACAUGAGCGCUGCUGGCCGGGUUGUGUGUGCGCUGCUCUUUGGCCUCCUCUGGUCCUCCUGCUCCGGGGCCCGGGGCGGACUCCGGACCCGGAUCCCGCCUCACGAGCAGCUGGCCCGGGUGGCCCGCUUCGUCUCGCACGAGUGUGACUGGGCCUCCAUGGCCACCAUCUCCUCGCACCCCCCGCUGGAGGGUCGGCCUUUCUCCAACAGCCUGUCGGUGAGCGACGGGCCGCAGGGCUCCGGCUCCGGGGUCCCCUACAUGUACCUGACCCGCAUGGAGGUGUCCGUCCAGGACCUGCAGGUGAACCCCGCGGCGUCUCUGUCCAUGACCCUGGCUCAGACGGAUUACUGCCGUCAGCAGGGCUUCGACCCUCAGAGUCCGCUCUGCGCCCGCGUCCUCCUGUCGGGGGCCGUCCUCCAGGUCAACGGCACGGAGGCGGAGUUUGCUAAGAAGUCUCUGUUCAGUCGACACCCGGAGAUGAUUGAUUGGCCGACAGAUCACAACUGGUUCUUCGCCAAGUUCAACAUCACACAGGUGUGGGUGUUGGAUUAUUUCGGGGGCGUGAAGUCCGUCACUCCGGAGGAAUAUUUCCAGGCGACGCCAUACAGGAAGCAGCUCUGAGCUUCUGGGCGUCGGCCCUGAUGCCUCGUUUGUGUUUCUCAUGAUGUCAUCGGAGAUUUAAACAGAUGUGUCGUCGUCUUUGUGUCUUGAUAUAUGUAAAUGUGUGAUUAUAUCUGUGUGCAGUGUUGGAGAUUGACCAUUGGAGAUUGUGUGGUGCUAUUGUUCUGAUAAUGAAAGAUUCAAAACAUAAUUUAUCACUUUUAUUCAGUGCUGAAGAAAAAAUUCUAAUUUCUUUAGUUUGACUAAAUUGGCAUGAGCAGGAUCAAACUGAGCUGAAGAUACAAAGAUCAGAUGUUUGUGUUGGGGUUAGAAACUCGACAAACCAGUUUGAAUACAACAAAGAUUUAAGAUGGAAAAUAUUGAGAAUAAAACUUUCUAGGUUCUGACACUUUGACUGAAUCUGCUGUUUGUAAAUAUCUUUUUUUCAAGCUGAAGUGAAACAUUUGAAUAAAAACUUUAUAUCUUUGCUAUGCAA